AUGGUGAAACGCCAGAGGGUUUGCCUUUUCUGCAAUCAAUCAAAUGUUUCUUCUGCUUUAACUCGACGAACACCGCGUGUCGUGUCUGGUCUCACUGGCACGCAGCUGCCUCGUGCUGACCCAGCUGGCGUCGACUCGACAUGCAGACGUCUCUGUUCUACUGCAUCGACUGUCGUACUUACUCGAACACCGAAGCCGAGUUUCGCGAACAUGCGCAAAGCGCUGAGCAUAUUUCACUCAAAACGUGCCGACUUCAAUCAAGACGUGUCUUUUUUUUUACUUCAGCGUAAAGUGACCGCGUCAGCGUCCAACUCCACCUCGAAGGCCUCAACAUUGAUAGUUCACCCCUGUCCCCUCUGCGACAGGACGUUUGCCUCGCAGGCCCACGCGAAAACCCACAUUGAAUUUGCCCAUCCGCUGUUUAUAUCGGGGAAUAGGUUUCACGACCCCAGUCUCAAGACUCAGAGCGAUGGAAGUCAUUUUAGACUGUCGGAGAAGCGUGAAAGUGUGUCGCAGAUACCUCCACCAGCCAAAACACAGCCCUCUGCAAAUACCAGCACAAUGUCCUCGGCAGUAAAGGAACCGUGCAGCUCCCCAAACGCGUCGUCGGAAGACUUCUACGAAGAGGCGGAAUUCGAUGUGACGCCAACUCUGGUGGAUCCCAUUGCAGCUGACAUGGUGGAGCUUUCUAUUUCAGCAGAGCCUUCCACGACGGCAUCAUCUCAGUCAAAAGCUGUCGACCUAGAUCCCUUUAAGGCAGAAUUCGAUAUGACGCCAACUUUGGCGGAUCCCAUUGCAGCUGACAUGGUGAAGCUUUCUAUUUCACCUGAGACUUCCACGACGACCUCAUCGCAGUCAAACACAGUCGAUCUAGAUCCCUAUAAGGAUAUUGAGUCCAGACUGCCAGACUCACCAAACGAGCCUUUCAAAUUAGCGGACGCUCUUGAAGAUUUAAACAUUGAACCACCGCCUGAUACUGAUUUUCCAGAAUUACGACGUGAUAUGGUUUAG